AUGAAGGCAUUCAGAACUUUACGUCGCCCAGCGCAGCACUCAUUAACACUAACUACUAAAUCACCCCUCCCAUUAUCGCUAUCGCCAUCACAACUACGGCGAUAUGCAUCCUCAAAGCACCCGCAAGGCUUCAUAGCACCUACUACCGCCGACCUAGCUGAGCUCCGCGAGCGAGUGCAGGAGUUUACGCGGCGAGAGAUCACAGAAGAAGUUGCUGCGCGUACGGACAAGAGCAAUGCCUUUCCGGCAGAUAUGUGGCCGAAGCUAGGUGAAGCCGGCUUUCUGGGGAUGACGGCAGACGAGGAUGUCGGUGGUCUAGCCUUGGGGUACCAAGCCCAUUGUAUCGUCAUGGAGGAGAUAUCCCGCGCCAGUGGCAGUAUUGGUCUUAGCUAUGCUGCCCACUCUCAGCUCUGCGUCAACCAACUGCAGCUCAACGGAUCCCCUGACCAGAAGUCCCGGUACCUGCCAGGCCUGAUCGCGGGGACGAAAGUCGGUGCUUUGGCCAUGUCAGAGUCGGGUGCAGGCAGCGAUGUCGUUAGCAUGCGAACUUCGGCGAAGAAAGUUGACGGAGGAUUCCUGCUCAACGGGACUAAGAUGUGGAUCACGAACGGCCCGGACGCCGACAUUGUGGUUGUGUAUGCCAAGACUGAGCCCGACAAGGGAUCCAAGGGUAUCACAGCUUUCAUCGUGGAAGCUAUCUCCGAUGGGUUCAGCUGUGCGCGGAAGCUCGACAAGAUGGGUAUGCGAGGGAGCAAUACGGGAGAACUGGUCUUCGAAAACGUGUUUGUACCGGCGGAGAACGUAUUAGGCCAAAUCAACAGAGGGGUGCGUGUUCUAAUGGAGGGGCUAGACCUCGAGCGCCUUGUGCUUAGUGCGGGACCUCUUGGUAUCAUGCAAGCAGCUCUUGACGUCGCGCUGCCAUUCACACACCAGCGGAAGCAGUUCGGCGCACCGAUCGCGCACAAUCAGUUUGUGCAGGGGAAACUAGCCGACAUGUACACGAAGCUACAGGCGUCAAGGGCAUAUACCUAUGCUACCGCUAAGUCUGUCGACGAGGAGGGGGAGAUCAGAACUCAGGACUGCGCGGGCGCCAUCCUAUACGCAGCUGAGCGGGCUACAGAAUCUUCGCUGGAUUGCAUACAAUUACUCGGCGGUAUGGGCUACGUGGAAGAAAUGCCGGCGUCGAGAUUAUUAAGAGACGCCAAGUUAUACGAGAUAGGGGCAGGAACAUCAGAGAUACGCCGCAUGGUUAUCGGCAGGGCAUUCAAUAAGGAAUAUGCUCGUCUUGGAGCAUAA